AUGCAUGGGACUCUUGCAUCCCUUCAAGUGUUGUUACUUGACGAGGUCACUGUUGACCUUGAUGUUGUUGCAAGGAUGAAUUUGCUGGAAUUCUUCGAAGAAGAAUGUGACCAGAGAGGAGCUACCAUUGUAUAUGCAACUCAUAUAUUCGACGUGCUAGAGACAUGGGCUACACAUUUGGCAUACAUUCAGAAUGGUGAGCUGAAUCGUUCAUCGAAAAUGGCAGAUAUCAAUGAGAAGAAAACUUCACCCAACCUCCUCUCAGUGCUGAGAAUGAAGAGAAAUUUUGAGAUGCAAAACGCUGAAUCCUUGCAGAGCGAGUUCGAUAGAUUGUGGAUUUUGAACGAGAGGAUGCAUGGUAGAGAGCUUGAGGGUAUGACUUCCAGUGACCUGGCCUCACUCCACGUAAAGAUAUCAUGUGCUUUGGUGGCUUUGAUGGACCAAACUUCGGGACCUAGAAUGGAACAAAUGGCUAGGCAGCCCCAAAAGUUUCUUUGUCACGACAACAAGGAUCCAAUCUCUAGGUUAGCUGAGCGCCAGAGAUGUUCAUCCACUCCCUUGCAAUUUGACUUCUUCUUGUUUCAAGAAAGCUUAGAAGAUUCCACAACUGAGAGGAGAGCAGCCAAGCCCGACGUGGAACCAAUUGUGAAUGAUGCAAAUCGGGACAAGUCGUGUGCCUUGUCGAGGUCAUACUUCACUGGUCAAGCAGAGACACUACAUAAACGAAGCGGUGCCAGUGUGGCGGCCAUUGUGGUCUCUGAAAAUGAGGCACAAUACCGCUACUCUUCGGCUUCCAUGCAUGAGACCAAUGCGGCUCGAGCUGCCAUUGAGGCGGAGCAGAACCAGUGUGCUAACAACUGA